GGCUUAAUAGCCUUUUUAUAUAAGAAGGCAUUAAUAUUGUCUGUUUUUACAUGCACCAAGUUAACUCCGUCUGAAGGAAAUCUGGUGGCUUAACGCUUUCAGCGAGGUUCUGUCACGCACUGCCUUAACACUCCUUGAUACAACAUAGUUGUUUAUGUGCUAAUAUUAGCCCGCAAUGCUUUCGCGUCUCAGGCUACCGCUACGGUGCUUUACGCACUCUUUGCGCUGUCACGGUGCAUCCAGCAUAUCCCCCGCAUAUACUACGAUAUGCAGUAGCGAGACUGAAAGCCGCGAGCCGUCAAACCGCAAGCUGGAACCGGAUGUCUUCCGGAGCAGCGGCAAUGCAGCCAGUGCGUGGGCGUGGAAAGAGUGGUUCCGCUCGAGCGAAACAUGUCAGCUGAACAUUAAGAGAGACUUUGCGGGAGCGGCGCGGCCGGGCAUUGAGGGGCGCAACACCCCUGGCAUUCGCUUUAAUGGCAACAUCAUCCGUGACCUGCCUACGUUGUUGGAGAAGGCAGAGGCCCGAGCAGGGGCAUGGCAUCCAUCGGACUUGCAUACAGCAUUUGGCAUUGCCGUCAAGUUGCCUUGCCAAGGUGCCGAUGAUGCAAAGCUUCUCCACCGUGUGCUAUCAGUGCUCUCAGCCGCCUACCUGCCACACGUGCCCAACCUGGCUCAACCCCAUCUCUGCACCAUCCCCCUGUGGGCGUGUGCCAAGGCGGAUUACUGGGAUCGCCAGCUGGUGACAGCGCUCCUAGGACGGCUGGCGUGGGAUGGUGGAAGGCUGCUGGUGCAGGCCAGCGGGCAAGAACAUGCCAACCUGUGGUGGGCAAUGUCCAAGGCACCAAACGAAGUAGUGAUGGAAGCAGAUGGGCUGCUCCAUGCAAGCGCAAUCUUCGUCCGGAACAUGAGCGCCCAGCAGCUCAACUCCCAGGACUGCUCCAACAUCCUCCUGGCGUGUGCCCGGCUGCAGCGUCGCCAGGAACACCUCCUGCAGCACCUGGCCGCCUGUCUGGUGCAGCAGCUGCCUAGUGCCAAGUGCCAGGCCCUGGCUAACACCCUAUAUACACUGGCUGUGCUGGGGUGCUCAGGGGGAGAAUACGCAGCUGCUGUGCAGCAGUUGUGUUCCGAGUUGCGCCAGCGCCUUAUGGGGCCAUCCGCUCGGUCAUUCGUUCCUCAGGAUUUAUCUAGUAUCCUGUGGGCUUUGGAGCGGCUGCGGCCAAAUGGCAGGGAGGAGCUCGUGCAGGCCUUGGCAGCCGAGUGCAAGCGCCGCAGCUUUGCUGGCUUCAAUCCACAGGGUCUCAGCAAUGCUGCCUGGGCGCUCGCUAAGAUGGGGUGUGGUGAAGCUUUUGCAUCCAGUGGGCACCAGCAGCAGGACUGGUUUAAAGCCGCUGCCAUUGCAGCAAGUGCUCCUGGUGCCAUGAGUGGUGCCAACGCCCAGGAGUGGUCCAAUCUUUUGUACGCAUUCGCACUUUUGCGGCAUCGCCCUGGUCCCGGCUUGCUGCAGGCGGUGCAGGCUGAGGUGCACUUGGAGGUCCUUCACAACAGCGCAAACUCCCAGGACUGUGCCAGCCUGCUGUGGUCUCUGGCUAUUCUGGGCCUGCACGAGCAGCGGCUGGUGGAUGUGCUAGGGGAGCGGCUGGGGGAGCUGCUUCAGGGGGUCAGCAAAGGGAAGGAGGGCUUAAGUGAACAGGGUUUAACCAACAGCCUUUGGGCGCUGGCGGUGAUGGGUCCUGACGUGCUGUCUCGCCACAGCGGCCUGGUGAAGGGGCUGCUGAGGGAGGUGGUGCGGAGGUGGGAACAGGAAGGGAAGGCAAUUUUUGAAAGGGAAGAGCUGGUGCAGUUGUGGCAGGUGCAGCAGGAGCUCGGGCACAUGAGCAGCGGCAGGGGCAGUGGUAAACAGCUGAGCCGAAUCCUUGCAGCAGCUGAUGGCGAGCGCAGCACUUCAUUGCUGUGUGCCAUGGAACACGCUGUUGAGACGAGGCGCGUGGCGGAUGACAACACCGCGUCACCGAUUCAGGAGCAACUGACACAGACCCUUGCACAACUCCAACGGCAGUUAGCAAGCAGCCCAGCUUUGGUAGGGCAGACAGCAAGUAUGAGCAAUAAGAACGCAAGCAGCAACGUCACUGGUAGCACCACUACUGGUCCCACCAUCCUCUCCAUCCAGCAGAAGCGGCAGGUGGAUGGGAUCAGCGGCUGUGUACACAUCGUGCUUGAAGUGGAGGGAGGGAGGCGCAUGGCAGUGGAGAUAUAUGGGCCAUUGAAUUUCCUGGCUUGUCACCGGCAUCCUAAGACCGGCCCCACCAAGCUGCGAGACAGGCAGCUGGAGCGUGUGUUUGGGGCAGGAAACGUGGUGAGCGUGCCGUACUGGGACUGGAGCAAGCUGCGAGGACCUAAGGCCCGGGAGCAGUACAUGGCGCGCUUGCUAGGCCUUGCAUUGCCGGGACAAAAGUAGAUACCUAGAUAGAGAGUUACCAUCGCGCAUCUCAUAUCGUACGGCCGUGUGCAGAUGCACUGCAUUAGCGUGUUUUGCUGGCAUGUUUGCAUGCUGACAUGGUAAUGGUACGGCUAUGAUGAAUGCGCUUGUUCCACCUUUACAUGAUGGCCACUUGACAUUUGCGCCUUUCCCUCAAGUUUUGUUGACACCUUUGGGACAGAACCAUGACUAGGAGUAUUGUUUAUCACCAGUGUAGCGUGCUCUGUGGCGGCGGGCUUAGCUGUCUCCAAGAGACCCGUGGGGCUGUAGGUGUGUUUGCGGAGUCACGUCCUGCCAGCCAGAGGGGUGCUAGGUUGAUAGCAGCAUCUGCACCCAUUAGAAUCUGUCGCCUCCCUGACCAGAUACCGUGCAAAGCCGUAUUGACGCCUUGGAGCCCCAGCCAUGUAGGAUGUUGUGUAGGGCCAGCAGCACCGGUAUCCUGGCUGGGACCGAUGUUGAGAACCAGCAUGCGGCACCGUUAGCAGGCGCUGUCAAGCACCAGGCAAUAGGGGAACGGACGUUCUUAUGUUUUUGGAGAACUGUUACGGUUUUGCUGCAUGGUAUUGCUGCAUGGUAGCGCCUUAAGAGCGGAGGCCCAGCUGGUGAAAAGAUGUAUGCAUUGCUCGACGGGUCAUUGGACGUAUAGUAGUAUGUGCGUCUAUAUUAUGAUUGGCGGGGGUUCGGUUGCCCCCGGUUGCAGAUAAUAUCAUGCGGUACAGUGGCUGGUUGUCUUAGUGGUUGUGAAUGCGGUUUGACAGACGGGC